ACGUGGCGCUCUGAGGCGUUUCUUGAUGCUCACCGACUUCCCUGCCUGGACGGUGGAAAAGUUGGUCCGGGCUGAACAAGCUCGCAGAGAGCCACGGUGGGGUCCGGCCAGCGCGCUUCCGGCGUCGAGCUGUCGGGGUAGCUCGUCACCCGAGCAGAUUCUGUGCAAAUGCUGAGGAGAAAAGUGCCCCUCAGAUGAGCGUGGGCGGCGACCGGUCUCUCCCGAAGGCGAUGGCAGGGACCAAGACAAGCCGGGCUUGGUGGCUAGCUGCAAACUGAGAAAAGCAGGCUGAGGGCUGCCAGGCGGGAUGGACCCCUGUGGAGACCCGGCAAAGCCCGGCGGCGACUGUCCCCACAGCAGGGGACAGGGGCUCCAGGGGGCGGCUGGCCAGGAGGGUCCGCUGCUGGGCACUUCCGUGGACAGCAGCCACAGUGAACAUGAAGACAGAAACAGAAUGUCUGAAGAACUUUUAAAGGUUGUCCAGGAAAUGAAAAAGUCUUUUCCAGCCGAGAGACACACUAAACCCAGCACCCUAGAUGCCCUUAACUAUGCCCUGCGCUGCGUACUUAGUGUGCAAGCAAACAGUGGAUUUUUCCCCAGUCUCGGCCCACAUGGAGCACCUCAGACAGAUGUGACAGCAUACAGUCCUGAGGAGCUGGCGUCGAUUACUUCUGAACUUGCUUCCAAGAACACAUUCCAAUACCUACUUCCUCAAGUUGUAACAGCUGGAUUUGUAGAACAGGAUACCUUUGUGGCAGUGUUUUCAUUUCUGUCUGGAAGGUUGGUGCACAUUUCUGAACAGGCUGCUUUGAUCCUGAAUUCUAAGAAAGAUACCUUGGAGUCCUCGCACUUUGUUGAUUUGCUUGCCCCUCAAGACGUGAGUGUGUUCUACACACACACUGCUCCAACUCAGCUUCCUUUCUGGAACAACUGGACCCAAAGAGCUUCACAGUGUGAAUAUGCACCAGUGAAAUCCUUUUUCUGCAGAAUCUGUGGCGGUGGAGACAGAGCACAAAAGAAGCUUUGCUCUCCAUUCCGGAUCCUCCCCUAUUUGGUUCAUGUUCAGAACUCUGCCCAGCCUGAACCAGAGCCGUGCUGCCUAGCACUGGCUGAGAAGAUUCACUCUGGUUAUGAAGCUCCUCGAAUCCCUGUAGAUAAAAGAAUUUUUACCACAACACACACCCCAGGAUGUGUGUUUCUUGAAGUUGAUGACAGGGCAGUGCCUUUGCUGGGCUACCUACCUCAGGAUCUGAUUGGAACAUCGAUCUUAACAUACUUGCACCCAGAAGAUCGGCCUCUGAUGUUUGCCAUACACCAAAAAGUUCUAAAGUAUGUGGGUCAUCCUCCAUUUGAACACUUGCCCAUCAGAUUCUGCACUCAGAACGGAGAUUACAUCAUUCUGGAUUCCAGCUGGUCCAGCUUUGUGAACCCCUGGAGCCGGAAGGUUUCCUUCAUCAUUGGCCGGCAUAAAGUUCGAACGAGUCCAUUAAAUGAGGAUGUUUUUGCUACCAGAAUAAAAAAGGCAACUAAUAACGACAAAGACAUAACAGAAUUACAAGAACAAAUUCACAGACUUCUCUUGCAGCCGGUCCAUGCCAGGGCCUCCAGUGGUUACGGGAGCCUGGGCAGCAGCGGCUCCCAAGAGCAGCACAUCAGCAUCGCCUCUUCCAGUGAGUCGAGCGGACACUGUGUGGAGGAGGCCCAGAAGGAGCAGGUGACCUUGCAGCAGGUCUACGCCAGUGUAAACAAAAUUAAGAAUGUGGGCCAACAGCUCUACAUUGAGUCUAUGUCCAGAUCAGUCAAGCCAGUGAUGGACACACGCAUGGAGCUGCAGGGUGGUGAUGAGCAGAAGGACUUUUCUCCCUCUCAGACACUGAAAAAUAAAUACAUGUGUACUGGCUCUUGUGAUGACCUGAGGCGAGAGCAGCACAGCUCAUCCUACCAGCAGAUGAACUGUAUCGACAGUGUCAUCAGGUACCUGAGGAGCUACAGUCUUCCAGCCUUAAAAAGAAAAUGCAUAUCCUACACAAACACAUCCUCAUCCUCAGAAGAAGCCAAGCAGAACCACGAGGCCGACUGCAGCACAGCACUGCAAGAUACUGAACAGAUCCUGGACAUACAUAAAUCAGAAACACCAGCAACUGGACCAUCCACAGAUGCUGACGGAGGUGCUGCGUGGACCCUGUCCACCGCUGCGCUGAGCAUGGGCUCUGGCAUAAGCCAGUGCAACUGCAGCAGCACCGCUGUCCAUGCCCCACCCCUACACUCAGCAGAAGGUGCUGUGUUAGUGUGUAAGCCCUGGUCCCCAAGAACACAGCCAUCUCCCCUGACUGCGGAGGAAUUUAGGCACGUGGGGCUCACAGCAGCUGUCCUCUCCGCACACACACAGAAGGAAGAACAGAACUACGUUGACAGGUUCCGGGAGAGGAUCCUAACCUCACCCUACAGUUGUUACCUUCAGCAGGAGAGCAGAAACAACGCUAAGUGCUCUUCUGUUCAAGGCUCUCCUCCUAAGCAGAGCAGAUGUGCUGGAAAGGAGAGACGGAAGCACAAACGGAAGAGGUUGCCGGUGCCUUUGGGCACCAGCAGCUCCAGUGCCAACUUCUGUUCCCAUAUCAGAGGACUCCUUCCUGAUGUUCAGCCCUGGAGCCCCUCCAUUGUCUGCUCUCCCCAUGCUGAAAGCCUCGCUUUCCCCGCAGCACUAGUAGCUCCCAGCCAGGCCCCUUAUGUUCUUUCAUCUUUUCCCUUCCCAGAUGUGGCCUCUCUGGGAGUAGGGGACUCUGCAGGCUGGGGAGCUGCUGUUGAAUGCCCACCUCUGUCCACAGGCCCUCAGUCUGUUCCGGCUUUCCCUUCUGCCUACUUGGACACAUUCACGACCAUCUUCCUACACAACUCCCCCAUCUUUCCUCUGUGGUCAGCGUCAUUCCCCUCGUAUCCAUUCCUGGGGGCCACAGCUUCUUCUGGAAUGACACCCUUAGUACCAGCAAUGGCUCCACACCUGGAACCAACUUCUUCAGACCACAGCCAAAGGAGAGUGGGGGAAAGCUGGGAGACACACGGUGAAGAGCAUCCAUUUAUCAGCUCAAGGAGCAGUUCGCCAUUACAGUUAAAUUUACUCCAGGAAGAGAUGCCUGCACCGUCUGAAUCUCCAGAUCCAGUGAGAAAGGGCAUUGGCCCAGAGUCUGAGUGU